UGAUAAAAAAAAUCGCGGCGCGGGCAACCUCCCGGUCCAUUUCUCUUGCCGGGGGUCUUCCACACGAAUCCACUUUUGUCUUUCGCGGGGUUACGUGGGAGAUGGACGAUGGUAGUACUCUCACACUGAAAAAUCGAGCGUUGACCGGGGGGACGGAGGCAGAGGACGGUGCAGCAGAGUUACCGUUGAACUACAUGCAGGGGUCAGGCAUGCCGGAAUUAUGCGGGGAGCUCCGGGCGCACAUGCAACGAUACCAUACGCCAGCCUACGACGAUUGGGCUGUAAUUCCAACAACUGGGUCCACAGAUGCCUUGACCAAAUGCUUCCAAUUGUUGAUGCCUCCCCCCGGGAAGAAGCCCAUCAUUUUGUCGGAGUCCUUGGUGUGGGCAGCUGCCUUGGCCAUCGCGGCCCCUUUGGGUUACGAAGUGCGAGGACUGGAGCUUGACAGCGAUGGCAUGUUGCCCAGUGCCUUGGAUGUGGCCUGCCGACAACUGGCUAGCGAGGGGGAACGUGCCGCCUUCCUGUACUUGACCCCCCACGGACAGAAUCCGACGGGCACCUCCUUAUCACCGCAACGGAAACGAGACCUGUACGCCCUGGCGCAGGAGCACGACCUGAUAAUCGUGGAGGACGAUCCGUACCGCCUUCUCUUUCUCCCCGCCGACCCGGAGGAGACGGGGGAAGCCGCCAUGCC